ACCAUUAUGAGACAGUCAUUGCGAUUUUCUAUGAAUUAGACACAGAUAAACUGCUCAUCGAUGGAUCCGCUGGUGAAAAAAAAAUGCGUCCUAUUUUAGAAGGUUUGAUAAUUUUGAAGGUAUUACCAAUGAGUGCUUUGAAAACUAAAUGCUACAUGCUACUAAACAUUUUGGGUACGAGAAUAUGACAUUCUUAUCAAAAUUGAGAAAAAUAAUCUUUUGGGCCUGUCAAAUGUCACUAAAAAGCAGCUUCAAGGCCGUAGGUUUUACAGCCUUUCAAAGUUGCAAAAAGUCAAUUUUUAACUGUCAAUAUUUCCAAAACAGUUGAACUUAGGUAUAGGGUGCAUCGUCCAAUAUCGCACUAAGUGGACACCCUGUAUAUUAUUUACAAAUUUCAGAUAUUUCAGAAAAGUACUUUCUGUAAUAAUUCAGCUACGAAAUGGCAUCUUUUCGUCUUUUGACAGUGUACGUGAAAUCCAACUUUUCCGCACGCAUUUUAGGUCAUGAAAGUAUCACUUUUUUGCACUAGGGGUUUUACGCACGCUCCUAGAAAAUUAUCUGUAAGGUAAAGGAAACAUCACACCAAUGACAGCAAUACAAUGCAAGUAAAAAUGAAUAUUAUCCUCCUACAAGGUCCAUGUCCUACAUAAUUCUAAAAAUAUUGGAGUUUCGAUGGGAUCAUGGAAAAAAGUUUAACCUGACCCAUUGCUCCAGUAGCAAAAUGGAGCGCCAACUCAGGCCUACCCUCCUUUUCAUUGGAAUUCAAUAAAUAGGUAACGGAAAAGCAAAUUCAAAUAUUUCAGAAAAUUGGCAACACUGCCAUGAGCAAUUUUUUUUUAUUUAUAAAAUACCAUAAGAACCCCAAACCGAAAUUCCAAAUACAUUUAUCAACAAUACAGAGACAACAAGGGGUCAUUCGACUAAUACAAAAUAUGGGCAUUACUCAUUCAAUUCCAUUCAAUUUAACCGGGUCAAAAGUCGCAUCCUCCAGUCAUGGGAAAAUCCAUAAAAUCCGAAUUUUUUACAUCAAAAAUUUAAAAUACAACUCACCCUCCAUGGCGUAAAGCCUCUGCGGCUUUUCGACGAUAUUUUAAUGUCUAAAUAGCCUUUUACUACGUUUUCAGUCAUUAUUUUAAAGACAAAAAUCACACAAAUAUCAACAUCAAAAUUGAAAAACACAACCCAAAUAAAUAAAUGACAGGUUUAUUGACCCCUCCCUGGCGCCCUGUCAAAUAAUUGUCAAAUCGAACAAAUCCCGCUAAAAUCGUCAACGGGGUAGUACAUAAAUAGCUAUCUUUUUUUAUUUCAGUAAUGAUCAGUUUCUAUUUCUUUCUAAUCGAAUAAUUUUUUCAAAAAAACCAUUAACGGUUUUAUUAGAAAAGAUCGGAAAUUCUAAAAAGCAUGUUGUUUUUGCAGUUUGACUUGAGAUGGCACCACAGCAUACUAUUCCAAAAAAACUGAGGUUAUGUAUUUUGUUUGUUUUUAUUUUUAGCGCAAGUGGUCGAGUGGAUUAAAAUCUUAGUUAAAAUCGUAAAUAGUUUAAAUUGUUUUAUAUUUAUAGUUAAUUGCAUAAUUGCUUUAAAAACAUGUUAAAAAACCACUCAACAAUCUUAAAAAUCGGAUACAGUUUGCAUACAUCAUCUAUCUGCGAUGCAAAUGCUGGCAAAGUUCUUAGAAAAAUUAUGGGGGCCACUAAAAAGAAGAAGUUCUAUGUAGACGAUACCCCAAUUUUGCCUUCGACGUCUACGACUUUAGGAAAGUCUUUUGUAUCAAAAGUAACUGGCAAUCCCAGACGGAGUAACAUACUCAACAAAUUAUUCAUGAGACAUGUUACAGACAUUAUGGCCACUGGGGAUUAUUCAGAGCAGAUUCUGGGAUAUGGAAUUGAAGUGAAUAAGGUUAAAGUAACUCCGGAUUAUAAAUUUCUGAGAGUAUACUGGAUUGCUGCUGAGUCCGGAAAACAGGAUGAAAUUGAAGAUCUAUUAAAAAAAAGUGCUGGACAUUUACGUAAUGAACUUUCAACUUUGAGGGUAAUGGGUUCGGUGCCCAAUAUAGUAUUUGUAAAGGACAAAAAUUAUUGCAAAAUAUUUGAAAUAGAAGAAAAACUGAAGCAUGCAGAUUUUGGGGACGAUUAUGAGCCUCCUGAUUUAAUUGAACAAUAUCAAUCUGAAUUUGAAAUAUUGACAUCUUUAGACUUGGACACUAAGAACAAAUUGAAUGUUCUGGAGUCUGGAAAGCAAGAUGGCACAUUAGAAAAUGAUUUGGGUGACAUACCGCCAAUGCCGCAAGACGUUUUAGGAUUGGACCAUGCAGAUAUUUUAAGAAGGAUCAAUAAAGGUAUGUCAAAAUCAAAAGCACCUCACCGAUUAUCAACGGAUGCUUCUGAAUGGGCACAAUGGAGCGAAUUUAAAACGACACAAUCCGUCAAUGAAGAUCCAGUGACUUUUGCCAAUCAUCAGGAACAGAGGAACGCCUUUAAGAAUUUUUUGCAACAAAGACAGAUAUUGAGAAUGAAGCAAUGCAAGGACUACAAAAAUUGGACAGCCGAUAUGGAGUAUUUGGAAGAAGAGUUUAGAGAAAGAAAAGAGUUGGCAUUGCUGAAUAGGGAACCUGAAGAGGACGAUUAUGUUCUGGAGGAAGACCAAGAAUUUGUAGACAAAUAGAGACACAAAAAAUAAGAAUGUUUUACUUUUGGCUAAUUUGUGAUAUAGAUAUUGAUAUUAAAGUGUUUCAAAAGUAAACUUAAACCUUUAAUUAGGGGUUUUCUUUGGAGGGUUCUUUACUAUGGCUCUAUUGCAGUACAAUAAAAAUCUUAUAGAAAAGGUAACUGGAGGAUGUAGAAUAACAGAAUUUAAAGUUGAAGAAUCAAGCAAUCAAUAAUCAACAGUUCCUAUUGUGACAUAUUAAUUCAACUUAUUUUUUUUUAAAUGUUUUAC